AUGAACUGUCAAAAAUUACAAUAUCUUGGUAUUGGUUGUGAUAUAUCGCUUGAGUUAGCAAAUAUGAUCGUUGAAUAUUGCAAGAAUUUGAAAAAUUUGAGGAUACAUAAUCAUCAACACAUCAAUAAUACUGCUUUAAAAAAGUUAACGGAGCUGGAAAAUCUUGAAUGUUUAAUUUUGCUUGGUCGUUUUAUGCUCGAAGAGGUAUCAAUAAUCGCAAUUUCAAACAAUUGUAGAAAACUGAAAUGUUUGGAAAUUGCUUCUGGUUCUAUUUAUGGCGACUUUCUUUCUUAUCCAUCUGUUAUUGAUGAGAUAUCAAAACUGCAAUAUCUUGAACAUUUAAAAUUGCGUAUGGGAAGAUAUCUUGAAGAUAGUACAAUUAUUGCCAUUGCUGAUAAUUGUAAAAACCUAAAAAGUUUAGACAUUCGAAGAUGCCGUGCUAUUACUGAAAAAGCUCUCGUUGCUUUAACAAAGUUGGAAAAUUUACAAAAACUAGAUGUUAGCAUGCUUAAUAUUACUGACAGCUUCAUUAGUAAAUUGAAAGGAUUAAAAGAAUUGCAUUGUGCUCGUUGCAAGAAUCUUACCGAUACUGGUAUCAUUCAAUUUAUAAAAAAUAACCCAGAUCUUGGUGUGAUUGAUGUCAGUCGUAUAGAUAAUAUUACAUAUAACCUGGUGAUUGCUGCUAAUCAGGUAACUAAAAAUCGUACAAAUGGCAUUAUUUUACACAUACGAAAAAAUGAUUCGGCAAUAAACAAAGCUUCCAAGUCAAUAAUUAAAUGUCAAUGGUUGGUUGUUGAAUAG